CGGCAAACCAGGCGGUCGGAUAAUAAGAAUAAGCGCGGAUACUUUCCGUUCAUCACGCAGCUGAGCUACUCGGUACAUAAAGGGCUUAUUCGAACAUGCCGCGAAGUGGAUAUCAUCGUCUCUCGUGCUCCAGUGCAUAGAAUCCAGGAUAUCAACAAACACUAUAGCAACCAUGUCUCUCGAGCGCGUAGAUUCUAUUGACCCGGCCGAGGUUUACGACUACAUCAUUUGCGGUGGAGGGACAUCCGGCUGCGUGGUAGCAGGACGACUUGCUGAGGACCCUAAUGUCAAAGUCCUUGUGUUGGAAGCUGGACCGGAUAACAAGGAUCUCGAAAAUGUGCAUAUGGUGGGAGGGUGGAACAAAAACCUCGAGGGUGAAACAGACUGGAACAUUAUCACCGAACCCAUAGAGCAACUCGACAAUAGGCAGGUGAAAGCUAGUCGGGGACGGUUUCUCGGAGGAUCGAGUGGCGUGAACGGCACAUUAUGCAUUCGUGGGACAAAGCAAGACUACGAUGAUUGGGGGUUGGAUGAGUGGACUGGGGACAAGAUGUUCGAGUACAUGAAGAAGGCAGAGACAUUUCACGAGAAAGAUUGGCACAAGGCAGACAAAUCAGCCCACGGCACCAACGGCCCCCUACAUACAGAACCACACGAUCUCGCGCCCAUCUCAGAACGAGUCAAGGAAAGCAUGAUUGAACAAGGACUCCCUUACCACCCAGAUAUGUUCACCACGGGCAAGAUCUCCACUGGAUGUGGCGACGCACUUCGAACAGUGCAUCAAGGUAUCCGAUCAACGGCUGCGGACUUCAUCACCAAGGGAUCUAAGCGGAAUAACAUCACCAUCAAAACCGAGGUGACUGUUGAUAAACUUCUCCUAUCGCGAGAUGCAGGUGAACUCACCGCGAGGGGCGUUGCUACGAUUUCGAAAUCUGGGAAGAAGGUCGAGUAUCAGGCUAGGAAAGAAGUUAUUGUCUCUGCGGGUGCAUAUUGCAGUCCUCCGAUCUUGAUGCGGUCAGGUCUUGGCCCGCGGGAGCAGCUGGAGAAGCACGGCAUCGAGUGUCUGGUGGAUCUUCCUGGAGUUGGGCAGAAUUUGAUGGACCACGUGCUAUGUUUCAUCUUCUAUGAAGUUUCCCAGCCCGCCCUAACAAAUGACUAUCUCGCCUACCACGACAACGCCAUUGCCUCGACGUAUCAAUUGUACAAGGAGAAAAAAACGGGUAUGCUCUCCACCUUCCCCUUUGGCAUCUUUGGCUUCACACGACUCGAUGAGCGCCUCAAAGACUCGGAGCUCUGGCAAAACGCAAAGAGGGAACCAGGCCGUGACCCUAUGGGCUUGACGAAAGAUCAACCGAAUAUUGAGUUCUGGAACACUGAGCUAUACGGCGGACCAGCGCAAUACAACGAUUUCCCGGUUGAUCACAAACACACAUUUGCAUUCUGCACGCUUCUUUUCAAUCAGCAUAGCAGGGGCAGUGUCGUACUCAAAUCCACGGAUCCGCUAGAGAAUCCCAUUGUCGAUCACAACUACCUGGAUCAUCCGCUGGACAUGCUAGUCCUCACCGAAGCAUGUCGUUUUGCGAAUGAGAUUGUUAUGAACGGGAAGGGCACCAAGGAUGUGAUCAAGGGGAGUUGGCCGGCGAACCUAACGCACCACACUUUUACGAAGCAAGGAGAUUGGGAACCGUAUGUUAGAAAGCAUGCAACCACUUGUUACCACGCCUCCGGCACGUGCAAGAUGGGUCCGCCAGAUGACAAGAAUGCCGUUCUUGACUCGCGACUGAGAGUCCGAGGUGUACGUAAUUUACGUGUUGCAGACGUGUCUUCCGUGCCGAUAGUGAACAAUGGACACACGCAAAUGGUUGCAUAUGGUAUCGGCGAAGGCGCCGCAGAGCUGAUCAAGGAGGAUGCGCUGAACUCAGUCUCGAAGUUGACGCCUAAGCUAGAGGGUAUAGCAAUCUGAUCGAAGCAAAGUCUUCUUUGGAGGCUUUCGUUAUAUUGCGCACUGAUAGGCUGAGUCUUGAUAGGGGUGUUGAUGAAUACAUGUGUAAUCUUGGGAAGUAUUUAUAAUGCUAUGUGUAACUGUGGAGGCCUUCGAUGACCUGUAGGUACAUACUAUGUUCAUGCUGGAUCUUCCAUCUCAGAUCAGUAACGGCGUU